AUGAAGGCUCCAAUAAUGGACCGGCAAAACUUUUCACCGCGGCUAAUUUUGGCCAUCUCUUCUAUUUUCUUCGUCACAUUCCUUUGUGUCAUGACGUCGAUCAACGAAGUUCGAUUUGAGGGUCUACUGAAGCUUGGCCGAACUGCUCUCUCCAACAUCCCCUACCACACCUCUCCAUGUUCUGUUACAUCCCUUGCCAACAUUAAUUCUACUUCGCCGGAGCCGGAGCUACGUGUACUAAUCGGGAUAUUGACGUUGCCGGAUCAAUAUCAUCGCCGACAUUUCCUUCGCCUCAUCUACGGCAUACAAUCACCACCGGUUGGUGUAAAGGUGGACGUGAAAUUUGUGUUUUGUAACUUAACCAAGGAGGACCAAAAGGUCUUAGUAGCACUUGAAAUCAUGCAGCACAACGACAUCAUAAUUCUCAAUUGCAAAGAGAAUAUGGACAAGGGUAAGACCUAUACAUAUUUCUCAAGCUUGCCGGAGAUAUUUAACGGCACCGACGGGCCGAAUCCGCCCUACCAUUACGUGAUGAAGGCUGAUGAUGACACUUAUAUUAGGGUAAAUAGCUUGGUACAGUCAUUGAGGCCCUUGCCUAGGGAUGACUUGUACUAUGGUUAUGUAAUUCCAUGCCCAAGUAUGGACCCUUUCAUUCACUAUAUGUCUGGGAUGGGUUAUCUAAUCUCAUGGGACAUAGUGGAGUGGAUUAGAACCUCUAAUAUACCGAAGAUUCAAAGGGAAGGACCGGAGGACAAGGUUUUUGGCGAUUGGAUUCGCGAGGGUCAUCGGGCGAAGAAUAGGUACAAUGCUAAGUGGUCUAUGUACAACUUUCCGGUGCCGCCAACUAGAUGCACACACGAGCUUUGGCCGGAUACUAUCGCCGUCCAUCUCCUCAAAAAUCAAGAGAAGUGGAUUGAGACCUUGACAUAUUUUAAUGUCACUAACAAUCUCAAACCAUCUAAACUCUAUCAUAUUCCUUAG